AUGAAGAAUGGAGAUGAAUCUCUAUCAGGAAAUAAUUUUCAAAAAAAUCAUCAGUCACAUAACACAGCCGCAAAACUGACUAACUUCAGUGAACUUAUUUCUCCAGAUCUCACUAGAAAAGUGGAAGUAAUGACCAAACUCAAAAGUACAGCACGCAAUAGUGAUAGUCAGUCUUUAAGUAAACUGAAUAAAACAUCUGGUGGGAUGUCAAUAAGAACUAUAGACAUGAUAGAUCAUGAAGCAGAUAAUAAAGUUAAUGAAAAUGAAGAAUUUAACUUUAAUAAGCUUAAAGAAUUGUAUAAACAAAUUCUUAUUUGUAUUGGUGAAAAUCCGAAUCGACCAGGACUGAUAGAAACGCCAGCUAGAGCAGCAUCAGCAAUGCUGUAUUUUACUAAAGGCUAUCAAGAUGAUUUGCAACGAAUUGUAAACAACGCAUUAUUUGAUGAAGGUCAUGACCAAAUGGUUAUUGUAAAGAAUAUUAAUUUUUCCUCCAUAUGUGAGCAUCAUCUACUCCCUUUCUCUGGUCAUGUAUCUAUCGCCUAUUUGCCUAACAAGUAUGUCAUUGGAAUAAGCAAAUUAGCUCGCAUUGUGGAAUUAUAUUCACGACGUCUACAAAUCCAGGAAAGACUAACAAAUGAGAUAGCUGACGCUAUAGUUGAAUUACUGAACCCGAUUGGAGUUGGUAUAAUCAUCCAAGCCAAACAUAUGUGCAUGUCAAUGCGAGGUGUUCGUACGUCGACUGCAGUAACUGUGACACAAAAACUAAAAGGUCAAUUUCUAACCGACGAUAAAAUUAGAGGAGAAUUCAUAAGUUUAAUUACUUAA